AUGAAUUCNGAACCACCAGUAGAAGAAGAAACUGAACCAGUAUUAGAAGGAGUAGAGAAAGCUGUACCAUCAUCUGAAGAACCUGAAGUAGAAGGAGUAGUGAAAGAGAUUGAGAAAGACGUUGAACAAAAUGGAGAAGAUCAAGAAGCUAAACAACAUGAAACUGCAGGAAAUUCACAUGAAGAAUGUUUAACAGAACAAUCAAAGAAGAAGAAGAAGAGGAGAACUAGAGGACCCACCAGGAUGAGCAAAGUGGCUAAAAGCCAUGAGGACAAAGUAGAUGUUGAAUUUAACAGCCUCGGUGACCAUGUUGGGAAGGGAUCAGUUACACUUUCAUCUUUUCUUGGAGCUCUUGUAAGGGAACAUGUACCAGUACUUAUAGAAGAUUGGAGGCUCUUGGAUGAAAAGACAAAGGAUACAAUGUGGGAAGAGAUUCAGGGGAGGUUCAUUUUGACAGAAGAAUGGCAAAAUAGUUCAGUGCUAAUGCAAAUGGGGUGCUCAUGGAGGGCUACUAAGUCUAGGCUAGUUCGAAAACUGCGUGCUACAAGGAGCAAAGAAGAUAUACGAAAUUUGAAACCAAGCAACAUUCCCAGUGAAUCAGCAUGGUUCAAGUGGGUGAAGAGUAGGACUAGCCAAUCUUUCAAGGAACGAAGUGAUCGGUACAGGUCUUUGAGGAGAAAGCAGAUUCCACACACAACCAGUCGCAAAGGAAUGGUUCGCCUUGCUCAUGAAAUGAAGAAAAAGGCAUCUGACCCGAGUAAGAUUACUAGAAGAAAGAUCUGGAUAGAUGGGCAUACCCAUGCAGAUGGAAGACCUGUUAAACCAGAGUUUGAACAAACAAUUGAACAAAUUAAAUCGCUUGAAAGGGAGAUAGGCUCAAACUCCAAUGUUAGUCUUAAAGAAGAUGAUGUGAGUCAAAUUCUAGGGAAAGAUAAGAGUGGAAGAGUCAGAGGAAUGGGCAGAGGGGUUACUGCUACCAAGCUAGCGUUCUUACUGGCCAGAGAUGCAUAUGUGCAGAAGAUUGAAGCUAGACAAGCAGAACUGGUGAGCAAGAUUGCUGAUUUGAAACACAUGGUUCGUGACUUAACUAAAGAGAAAAGGAGACAACAGGAUGAUGGUGCAUAUUCAGACACCACUGAUAAGAUCUAA